AUACUAUUGCGUGUCUGGCUACGGAGGUAAUCUUACUGUUGGAUUCGAUUUCACAAAUUUUUCCCUUUUUUCUUGUUGAAUCCCUUAACCACCACACUAUAUCAUCACCAUUAACCAUUAAUAACCUGCUGUAAUUCCUCAUAACUAAAACCCUAAGUUUGUUUCUUCUACUUCGUGUUCUUCAUCUUAUUUCUUUCUCAGUUUACUGAGAUUGAUAAGAACGAGGAGUCAUCAAGCCUGGGAAUGUUUUGGAGUGAAAAGAUGAGGUGUUAAACUCUGAAACAGGAUUCCAUCAAAACCUUUCCAAAUUAUCUUAUGUGAAGUCUGGGGUUUAUUAUCCAAUAAGGGUGUGUGAUUCUUUACAUCAUUGUGCAUGUCUGUCCCUGUGGCCCUUGGCGAUAAUGUGGAAGGACCUCCACUUUCUCAUGUCGAAAGAUCAAGGUCUCUUGAUAUUUUUUCCUUUCCUGGCCAAGAACAAGCUGCCGUGUUAGGUAAUGGGCAAGCUGAUCAUCCAUCUUCCGAAACCACUGCCUUUAGAGUUGGUGAUGUUUUGCUUCCACAUGGUGAUUCCUUCUCAGGGUCGUUGUUGGGUAACAACCCUGAGGGUUCGGGAAAAUAUGUGUGGACAGACGGUUGUAUUUAUGACGGUGAGUGGAGAAGGGGAAUGAGGCAGGGUGUUGGGAAGAUUCAAUGGCCUUCCGGUGCUGUUUAUGAGGGUGAAUUUUCAGGAGGUUAUAUGCAUGGGGCAGGGACAUAUGUUUCGUCUGAUAAAACUAACUACAAGGGACGUUGGCGAUUGAAUCUCAAACAUGGGUUGGGAUAUCAAGUCUUUCCUAAUGGAGAUUCCUUUGAAGGGUCUUGGAUACAGGGAACAAUAGAAGGGUUCGGUAAGUACAUCUGGGCUAAUGGUAAUGUUUAUAUGGGGAACAUGAAAGGAGGUAAAAUGUCUGGGAAAGGAACGCUUACUUGGACAAAUGAGGAUUCGUUUGAAGGAAGCUGGUUGGAUGGCAUGAUGCAUGGCUUUGGAGUGUAUGUGUGGGGAGACGGUGGCUGUUAUGUUGGGACUUGGACCAGAGGCUUGAAGGAUGGAAAAGGAGCUCUCUAUCCAAACGGAAGCAGGCUUCCGGCUGUACAAGAAUAUUAUCUAAAUGCUUUAAGAAAACGAGGGUUGUUGCCAGAUAUGAGAAAGCAGAAUGGUGCUCUACGACAAGAUGCCUUAGUGGAUAGCAGGGAUAAGGUUGGUGAGAACCGGGGAUCAUUUGGCGCUUCUUUUAAACUUCCCAAAAAGAACCUGCUAAACUUGGAGCAUUCUCGGUCAAAAAAUGUGUCACUGGAAAGGCGCUGGAGUCUUGAGGUAGCUAUUGAAAAAGUACUUGGAAAUGAUCUAUCAUUGAAUACAGCAGAUUCUUUUAGGGAAGGUGGUGAUGAAAGGGAGACUAAUGCAACUGCUCCUAUCCUGGAAAGGGAAUACACACAGGGUGUUCUAAUCAGCGAGGUUGUACUAAAUAAUAGCUUUGGAUCCUCUAAAAGGGCCAAAAGACGACAGAAGAAACUUGCCAAGGAUAUUAAGAGGCCAGGUGAAGCAAUCAUUAAGGGCCACAGGAGUUAUGACCUAAUGCUAAGUUUGCAACUUGGAAUAAGGUACACUGUGGGGAAAAUUACUCCAAUACAGAGGCGUGAUGUUAGAGGAUCAGAUUUUGGUCCCCGUGCAAGCUUUUGGAUGAGCUUCCCAAAAGGAGGAUCUCAAUUGACACCUCCACACUACACAGAGGAUUUUAAAUGGAAAGAUUACUGCCCGAUGGUUUUCAGAAAUUUGAGGGAUUUGUUCAAGAUCGAUGCUGCAGAUUACAUGAUAUCCAUUUGUGGAAAUGACGCUCUUAGGGAGCUUUCUUCUCCUGGGAAGAGUGGUAGUGUUUUUUUCCUGUCUCAAGAUGAUAGGUUCAUGAUUAAGACACUCCGGAAAACUGAAGUGAAGGUGCUUUUGCGGAUGCUUCCGAAAUAUCACCAUCAUGUCCGUACAUACGAGAACACUCUUGUAACUAAGUUUUUUGGUCUUCACAGGAUUAAACCUUCAAGUGGACAAAAGUUCCGUUUUGUAGUAAUGGGGAACAUGUUCUGCACAGAGUUAAGGAUCCAUCGAAGGUUUGAUUUAAAAGGUUCAUCCUUAGGCCGUUCGACGGACAAGGUUGAAAUUGAUGCGAAUACGACACUUAAGGAUUUGGACCUGAACUACUGCUUUUAUCUAGAACCUUCUUGGCGAGAGGCUCUAUUACAGCAGAUUGAGAUUGAUAGUAGGUUUCUGGAAUCAGAGCGCAUAAUGGAUUACAGCCUCCUAUUAGGUGUUCACUAUCGAGCCCCGCGACAUUUGCAGUCCCUCCUAUCUUUCCAGAGUGGAACAAUGGAUGGGUUAGGGGUUGUUGUUGAAGAAGAUUCUCAAGAGGAUGAACUUUCCAGAUACCCGGAGGGACUUGUUUUGGUGCCACGUGGACAUGAAGAUACUAGUCCUGUUGUGGGCCCUCACAUAAGAGGUAGCCGCUUACGAGCAUCAGCAGUCGGUGACAAAGAAGUAGAUCUCUUACUACCUGGUACAGCGAGACUCCAAAUCCAGCUUGGAGUGAAUAUGCCUGCGAGAGCGGAGCUUCUUCCAGGACAGGAGAAAGCACAGUUUUUACACGUGGUAAAUGAUGUUGUUCUGUACCUUGGUAUCAUUGAUAUAUUACAAGACUACAACGUGAGUAAAAAAAUUGAACAUGCUUACAAGUCUUUUCAGUUCGAUUCAACAUCCAUCUCAGCUGUUGAUCCCAUGUUUUACUCACAGCGAUUCUUGGAAUUCAUCCAAAAGGUUUUCCCUCAAAAUUCUUAGCACAGAGAAUAAGACCAAUAAUUAUUUUUCCACUUCCUUUUCUUGUUUUCUUUAUGUAUCUAUCAUAGAAGCUUAUGGUAAUCUCCCGGAACAUGUAAAAAGAUCAUACGAGAUAGACUAUAUGUUGUUGUAUCAUCAAGUACAGGGAUAAACCUAGGAAUGUUGAGUUGUAUUCACCCACCAAAUGCAAAUCUUUCAAUAAAAAGUUUAUUUUUCUUUA